CCCGCGGUGCCAUCGCGCUCACAUUCAACAGGAGGCAAGUGGUGGAUGCGGAUGGAACCUUAUACUUCGUAUUUGCCAUCUUCACCAAAGUAGAGGAAUGCACUCAAAGCUAAAAUUCUAAAUGGGAUACGUUCAGGCGACUGCGGUGGAGUCGAAGCUGACAGGUUUUUUUAUUCAAAAUUGAGAUAAUUUUUACUGGCGUAUUGCGGAUAGGUGCGUUGCGCGCCGUGGUGCAGCUAACUACUCUGUUUCUCUAAAGAUUUCAAAGAACACAGCCUGAAAAAAAAAUACUUAUUCUACCGUAGGAAGUGACAAUUGAAGUCACAAUGGCAGCUGUGGCACUCAAUGGAUCGAACAUAACAACGGGGAACUUUACAAAUCAGUUUGUUCAGCCGCCUUGGCAAGUUGCCCUGUGGUCGGUCGCCUACAGCUCCGUUUUGGCGGUGGCUGUGUUCGGAAACCUCAUCGUCAUAUGGAUAAUUCUCGCCCACAAACGAAUGCGGACAGUCACCAACUAUUUCCUUUUGAACUUGGCAUUUUCGGACGCAUCCAUGGCCGCCUUCAACACAUUAAUUAAUUUCAUAUAUGCUGCCCACGGAGACUGGUACUUCGGAGAGGCUUAUUGCAGGUUUCACAACUUUUUCCCCGUCACCUCCGUGUUCGCAAGCAUCUAUUCGAUGACUGCAAUUGCCGUUGAUAGGUACAUGGCCAUCAUCCACCCUCUGAAGCCACGGCUGUCGGCAACAGCCACCAAGGUGGUGAUCAUGUGUAUCUGGGCGCUGGCCGUGGUGCUGGCUUUCCCCCUCUGCUUCUACUCCACCAUCCGCAUCCUGCCCCGCCGGACCAUCUGCUAUGUGGCCUGGCCCCGCAAGGAGGACGACCCCUUCAUGUUUCAUAUCCUUGUGAUGCUACUGGUCUACCUACUGCCCCUAAUGGUAAUGGGCAUCACCUACACCAUCGUCGGGGUGACACUGUGGGGGGGAGAGAUCCCGGGGGAUUCAUCUGACAACUACCACGGCCAGCUCCGGGCCAAGAGGAAGGUGGUCAAGAUGAUGAUCAUCGUGGUGGUGACCUUCGCUCUCUGCUGGCUGCCGUACCACGUCUACUUCAUCGUGACGGGCCUCAACAAGGCUCUGAUGAGGUGGAAGUCCAUCCAGCAGGUCUACCUGUCAGUGAUGUGGCUGGCCAUGAGCUCCACCAUGUACAAUCCCAUCAUCUACUGCUGCCUCAACAGCAGGUUCCGGGCUGGCUUCAAGCGGGCGUUCCGCUGGUGCCCCUUCGUCCAGGUGUCCAGCUAUGAUGAGCUGGAGCUGAGGGCCACCCGUCUCCAUCCGGCCCGCCAGAGCAGCAUGUACACCCUGUCCCGCAUGGAUACCUCCGUGGUAGUGGUGUAUGACCCUGUAGACGGAACAAACAACCAGAACCAGGCCAGGAAGAAGAGCUACGUCAACCAGAGAAUGGAAAAUGGGCUUGGUUGCAAUGGGAACGGGGCCAAAGCUAAGGCAGGCUGCGCCCCCAAUGCUGAGGCUGAGGACUUCUCCUAAAGGAGGGCAUACUGGAUGCAGACACACACUGUCAGGCAUGAGCAAACACACAGGCAUGUGUGUACAGUACAUGCAAAGACGGGUAGACAUUGCAAACAUACAUACACGCUGUCCCUGUCAAUACACACACAUGCAAACACACACUAUUCAAAGAGUUCAGAGAAUAUCGCUGAAAACACAUUUUAGAUGAGAAGCAGGAAUUAAUUGUCAAAUAUAACCAUCAGAUAGCAUAUUGUUGUUCGGUCUGUAAUACUAUGAAAAUCACUGAAGUGUACUGUAUAUAAAAACAUCCAUAAGAAAAAAAGAUUUACAAAAAAUGCCUGGCCAAGUAACAUCCUGAAUGCAAUGGCUACUGAGUGUUUAAAACAUGAUGAACACCUGCUCUUUCCAUGACAGACUGACCAGGAGAAUCCCUUACUGAUCUACUUCAAUCAGUGUAGAUGAAGGGGAGGAGAAAGGUCAAAGAAGGAUUUUGCUGGGGUUUUCUCAACGUUUCCUGUGUGUAUCAAGAAUGGUCCACCACCCAAAGGACAUCCAGCCAACUUGACACAACCGUGGGAAGCAUUGGAGUCAACAUGGGCCACCAUCCCUGUAGAAUGCGUUCGACACCUAGAUUCCAUGCCCUGAUGAAUUGAGGCAAUUCAAUAUUAGGAAGGUGUUCUUGAUGUUUUGUACACUCAGCUCCAAAAGUAUUUGGCCAGUGAAAAUGUGUUUGCUGUUUUGGCUCUGUACACCAGCACUUUGGAUUUUAAAUGAUAUGAGGUUAACGUGCAGAUUGUCAACUUUAAUUUGUUGGGUAUUUUCAUUCAUAUCGAGUGAACCAUUGAGACAUUACAGCACUUUUAGAUUCUCUCUGCUACAGUAGAUACCAGAGAGAAAACAUUUUCUGGAGCAACCUAUAUCAUUAGGUAGUGUGUCCAUAGCUACCAUUUGUAGCAGUGGGUUUUAGCUGUAGUCUUAUGUGAUGUAUAGAAUGACUGGUCCCAUUUUAAACAAACUACAACUUACAAAGCCUUCAUAUAGCAUACUAAAGUGCAGACUGUCAGCUUUAAUUUGAGGGUAUUUCCAUCCAUAUUGGGUGAACUGUUUAGAAAUGACAGCACUGUUUGAUUAUGCACGAAUUCCAUAACCCCUCAAAAAUGCUAACCUCCCCGGUUAUUGUAAUAGUGAGAUGUUAGCAUGUCUUGGGGGUAUGAUAUAAAAUGCUAACCUCCCCUGUUAUUGUAAUGGUGAGAGGUUAGCAUGUCUUGGAGGUAUGCUAACCUUCCCUGUUAUUGUAAUGGUGAGAGGUUAGCAUGUCUUGGGAAUAUGAUAUUUAUGCUUCUCUUAACUUUGUCACUCCUCGUUAUUCACGAUUCAUUCAGGAUUAUCCAUAAUCAAUGGUAGCAUCCAGAUUCACGGUGAAGUGUUUAGAAACGUGUUCUUAUUGACGAUAAAAGGGACUCCAAAUGGACACGAUAUUAUUACAUUGGGCACAAAACAAUCUGAAAUACCACCGAAACAGCCUCAUCUCUAUAGAGCUGCUGCCUAUGCCGUCUGACAAAAUCACUAUUUUGUAGUUCUUCAACGUAAAUGAGGCAUACUUUUAUGACUGCUGAAUACCAACUAUCAAUCACUUAGAUCAUCUAUUUUCAGGUAGAUACCUCCGAAGCAACAGCUACUCUCUAUAUCCCCUCAUGAUUGCACAUUCUUCUCUGUCUUCAGUAGCAGGCUUAAAAGAAACACAGUGGACAAGUAGAUGAGCAAUGGCUUAUGGUCAUUGUAGUUAAUCACCACCUUUUAUGCACUAAACUAUGUUGAAUAUUGGCAUGUUGGAAACUACAACUCCCUACUCAAUGUGCACAUUGAGCUCACAGAAAACCUCAGAAAUAAAUGGAAUUCAAAUAAUUGAACUGACUUUGGUCAAUUAGUGGUUUUAGAAACUGAAAAAUAAUCUACAUUUCAGUUAAUUGCUCAGCACUACAAAUACUAAACUUGUAAGUACAUUUUUCCCACUGCUUUUGGUCCCCUAAAAUGGGAGGAGUAUGUACUGUACAAGAAGUGCUGUAAUUCCUAAACAAUUCACCUGAUAUAGAUGCACAUACCCCCAAAUUAAAGCUGACAGACUGAAUUUUAACGACAUUGUCAUUGUAUCAUUUCAAAUCCAAAGUGCUGGCGUACACAGCCAAAACAGCAAAAAAUGUGUCCCUGUCCCAAUACUUUUAGAGCUCACUGUAUAUAACAUAUUGUAUAUUAUAAAAUACUGUAUAGAUUUGAAACAAUGUACAGAGUUCAUGUGAAGAGCGACAGCAUGCUACGUCAUCAACGUAUUGUUUACGCAAUAAUGUUGGCCAGUAUUCCAUUUUACAAUGAUGUGCUGGGGGGAAACAGGCAGAAUACAUGGCUCACUGACGACGGUUCUUCUGUAUGCAGGUUCCGCAUUGAGCUGAAUGAUCCUUUCUCAUCACAUAUACACACACACACACACACACACACACACACACACACACACACACACACACACACACACACACACACACACACACACACACACACACACACACACACACACACACACACACACACACACACACACACACACACACACACACAUACACACAUACACACACACACACACAUACACACACACACACACACACACACACACACACACACACACACACACACACACACACACACACACACACACACACACACACACACACUCAGCACGAUGGGAGAUUUACAAUUAACAUGCCAUGGAGGGGCCCAUAAAAUACACACGGACACCUCGGGGUACACCUACACAUUCCCUCCUUUGAUCUUUUGCUUACGGAGCUAUGAUUGAAACACUGGGCUUGCCGUGUUAGUUUCUGGGUCAUGCUACUGUAAACUGUAUAGGCUAGACUACCGUGUGCCAGAUCCUCAUGUGCCGCUCUAACAUCAGCACAUUUGAUUGACCUGUGUUUAAGAUAUAGGCUUGCUAGAUACCAGAGAGAGAACAUUUUCUGGAGCAACCGAUAUCCUUACAGUAGUGUGUCCGUAGUUACCAUUUGUGGCAGUGGCUUUUAGCUGUAGUCUUACGUCAUGCAUAGAAUGACUGGUCCCAGUUUAAACAAACUGCAACUUUUAUGAAGGCUUCAUAUGGCAUACAUACGGUCUUUGUAAGUACGGCACAGAUUCUACGGCACGGCACAGACUGUCAAGUCUUAUGUCAUGUAGUUACAUCCUGUAUAGAAUGACCAAAGUAUCCGUCUAUCCCUCCAUUAUGCCCCAGUUGUAACCUCUUUAGCCACUUAGUGAUUUCCAAUGGAAAAAACUGUUGACUAAACGCGCCAGUAAGAAAUAUCUUUGUUCAUUGAGUUUUGAUGGCAUGCCAUCGCUGCAGUGAAUCUGGUUUGAUUACCAAAUGGUCCCUCAACUUUUUUUCCCAUAGUCCCGUGCGUGUGCAAGUGCGUGUCCUUGUGUGUGAGUGCAUGUGAGAGUGCACGUUUGUGUGUGUGUGCGUGUUAGGUGUUAGUGUGUAUGCACAUUGUUUUUCCUCCAUAGUCCUACAUGGUCAACAUUAGGCCACCAUUGGCAACAAAGCAAACUAACGACCACACAAAUGUGCACAUAAAUAACUAGCUAAUUGUUUAUUUAAAGCGGCGUCAUUGAUCUGAAUCCGAAUGCUUAGAACAGCGUAAGUAGAUGCCUAUUUGUUACUGCUAAUGUUUUAAAGCAGUGUCCAUGUUUUUCUAUGUUUGGGUAGCUUUGUGUUUGAUACACGCUUUCAAAUAGGAAAACACGUGCAGGGAAAAGUGAUGUGGAAUGAAAGUAGCAGAUGACGAUGCUCGUCUUUGUUUUGUAGCUGCCCACCUCCUUUUAUUUUGCCUUCAUAUUCCCAUUGAGAAUAACAUCACCACCUGCAUUGUACGUACAUAUAGUACUGUAGCUUUGAAAGAAAUGGCCACAAUGAGGUUUUUAUACGAUCACAGUGUUUAGAUGUGUGUGUGUGUGUGUGUGUGUGUGUGUGUGUGUGUGUGUGUGUGUGUGUGUGUGUGUGUGUGUGUGUGUGUGUGUGUGUGUGUGUGUGUGUGUGUGUGUGUGUGUGUGUGUGUGUGUGCGCGUGUGUGUGUGUGUGUGCUUGCGCGUGCGUGCAUGUGCCCACGGAGCAGAGUUUUCAUGAUCACAGUGUGUGUGUGUGUGUGUGUGUGUGUGUGUGUGUGUG